UCUCUUUUCAUUUCUCUCACCUUCAUUCUCAAAGAGUCAGAGGCUCCAACAAAACACUAGGGUUUUCCCUCUGUUCCCAAAACCACACCAGAAAGCCCAUCAUGGCAGCAUCAAUGGCCGCAACGCCGAAUGCGGUGGAGUCAGUCCAGUGCUUCGGGCGCAAGAAAACAGCUGUGGCAGUCACCUACUGCAAGCGCGGCCGCGGCCUCAUCAAGAUCAACGGCUGCCCCAUCGAGCUCGUCGAGCCCGAGAUCCUAAGGUUCAAGGCCUACGAGCCCAUCCUCCUCCUGGGACGACACCGCUUCGCCGGAGUCGACAUGCGGAUCAGAGUCAAGGGCGGUGGCCACACCUCGCAGAUCUACGCCAUUCGUCAGAGCAUAGCGAAGGCCUUGGUGGCCUUUUACCAGAAGUACGUGGACGAGCAGAGCAAGAAGGAAAUCAAGGACAUUCUCGUCAGGUAUGAUAGGACUUUGCUUGUUGCUGAUCCUAGGCGCUGUGAGCCCAAGAAGUUUGGUGGUCGUGGUGCCAGGGCUAGGUUCCAGAAGUCUUACCGUUGAAGACUUUGUUUUUUACGGUUUCACAUUUUCGAAUGCUCAAAAGUUAUGUGCUUUUUUUUACUAUUUGUUGUUUUGAGGAUAUGGUGUUUUUUUUGGAGUAUUUAAAGACUGUUAAGUUAAUGGGUUGUUUUAGUUUUUGAGUAAUUUGAGAAUUUUGGCAUCUGGGUAUUAGUAUGCUUUCAUUCAAAUGAAACUUAUGGUUAUUUAGAUUGAUAAAUAUAUGGAAUGCUUUGCUUAAA